CACACACACAGGAGCAGCAGGCUGAUGCAAGUUGUUGAAUGAGUGAGCUGUCAGUCCUGGGAGGGAUAUCAUACGUGUGAAGAAGAUGACAGACUGUCAGGGAGACGGGGAAGGAGCCAAGAGUCCAAUGGAGCUUUAUGAGAGACUGACAGAACAGGGAAACAAAGUGAGGUCCUUGAAAACAGCUAAAGCUGAGAAAGCUGAAAUAGACACUGCUAUCCAGUUGUUGCUAAAGUUGAAAGUGGACUACAAACAGAUGACAGGUCAGGAUUACAAAGCAGGAAGUCCGCCCUCAGAAAACUCCGUUGCCCCUGACAACGGGCCAGCAGCAGAUGGUGCUGAUGAUGAUGACACGGUUGACCCAUGGAACGUUUCCACCACCAAUGCCAAGGGAGUAGACUACGACAAACUUAUUGUGAGGUUUGGCAGCAGUAAAGUUGACAAGGAGCUGGUGGACAGAAUAGAAAAGGUCUGUGGACAGAAACCACAUCGCUUUCUUCGAAGAGGGAUCUUCUUCUCACACAGAGAUAUGCAUCAAGUUCUGGAUGCGUAUGAGAAGCACAAGUCCUUCUACCUUUACACUGGCAGAGGUCCGUCCUCAGAGGCCAUGCACGUUGGCCACCUCAUCCCAUUCAUCUUCACCAAGUGGUUGCAGGAUGUGUUUGAUAUCCCUCUGGUGAUCCAGCUGACUGACGAUGAGAAGUACCUGUGGAAGGAUCUAACACUGGAAGAAUGCAAUCGCUUUGCUGUGGAAAAUGCCAAAGACAUCAUAGCUUGUGGCUUUGAUGUGAACAAGACCUUCAUCUUCUCUGACCUCGACUACAUGGGUGCAUCUCCUGAGUUCUACAGGAAUGUGGUAAAGAUUCAGAAGUGUGUGACAUUCAACCAGGUCAAAGGCAUCUUUGGCUUUACAGAUAGUGACUGCAUCGGAAAGAUCAGCUUCCCAGCCAUCCAGGCAGCUCCGUCCUUCAGCAGCUCCUUCCCACAGAUCUUCAGAGGCAGAAAAGAUAUACAAUGUCUCAUCCCCUGUGCCAUAGACCAGGACCCCUACUUCAGGAUGACCCGCGAUGUAGCUCCAAGGAUCGGCUAUACCAAGCCAGCUCUGCUGCACUCCACUUUCUUCCCCGCCCUGCAGGGGGCUCAGACCAAGAUGAGCGCUAGUGACGCCAACACCUCCAUCUUUCUCACUGAUACACCCAAACAGAUCAAAAACAAGAUAAACAAACAUGCAUUUUCGGGAGGAAAAGACACAGUGGAGGAGCACAGAAAGCAUGGUGGUAACGCAGAUGUCGACGUCUCCUUCAUGUAUUUGACCUUCUUCUUGGAAGAUGAUGAACAGCUGGAGAAGAUCAGACAGGACUACACAAGUGGAGCUCUUCUAACAGGAGAACUGAAGAAGAUUUUGACUGAGACCUUGCAGCCAAUGAUUGCCGCACACCAAGAGCGACGCAAACAAGUCACAGAAGACACAGUCAAGCAGUUCAUGACACCCAGACCUUUAAAUGUUAACUUCUAGCCUGCUGGAACAUCUGAGAUAUCUAAGUUCAUUGCUGUUAAACUCAAUACAAAGAAAAAAUAAUGAAUCCAGCUUUUUCCAUUUAAACUAAUUGUCAUUUGAAUUUGUCAUGCAAAGAGGGACACAAUACAGUUGGCAUCAGGACUGAUGAUGUACAUUACUCUAACAGUGAUUUGUGCCUGUGUGUCAAAUUAAGCAUGGCAUUGCACAUGCCCUCAUGCUAAUGGUCUUGCUACUUGUUAGCUUCAUGCCACGCUAAAUGUACAUGUUUGUUUUCAUCAGGGGUUGGUGUUUGCAGUGCUGAGGAUUAAAGCAGAGAAAAAUGUAUAAUGUUGAAACAUCUGCUCAACAGCACAGCGACACAUUUUUGCAAAAUAUUGGUCAAGAACUCUUAAGUUUCACUUGGAAAAAAGCCUUCUGAACACAAACUGACUAUCAAAUGCAGCUCUGUUAUAUAUGAUGUUAAGAGAUAGGCUUAGUAUGAUAAUAUGACAAAUAAUGAGACAUUCAUCUCAGAGCCUGAGCACACCACUAAGUAGACUGUCAGUGUCUGACUCAAAGGGACUAAGCAAAUACAAUUUACACGCUGAAUGAUCUGAGUCUUUCUCUAAUCAUUAUCUAAGGGAAGAAGACCUUUCAUUCAGCUUAUUCACAGACUAAAGAUUAAACUGCAUAAAGAAAAUGUCCUUUAUAAGCAUGUUUUAUUUGAAAAUUAAACAAUUUCCGUAUCAGUAGUAAACAUUUGA